AUGGCGUGGGGGGAGAAGGAGCUCUUGUAUGCUGCAGCUGACGGUCGACUGUACGAAGUGAAGGACUUCGUGGAAGAAGAAGGCGUCGAUCCCAACUUCAGAGAUGGCGAUGGAGAUACACCUCUGAUUCGCGCUGCGAGAGACAAUUAUCUCGAAGUUGUGCGCCUCCUCUUGGCCGCCAACGCCGAUGUCAACGCCACAAACUACGACGGAGCCACCGCGCUGCACGUGGCCGCUGCCAACGGCUACGAGGCCAUCGCGCAGCUGCUGCUGGCCAAGACCGCGUCACUCUCGAUCUACAGCGACCAUCGAGGCAAUCUGCCGCUGCACCUUGCGGCCGCCAACGGUCACUUGACCAUCGUCGAUCGGUUGCUCAAAGACUCGACCCUCAGCGGUCUCAACUGCACCAACAACGAGGGCUGGUCACCCUUGACAGUCGCAGUUCAGAGCGGCCACGCGCCCGUCGUUUCGCGCUUGCUUCAAUCCGGAGCGUCGCUCGACUUCACUGCCAGCAAUGGAUGGACGCUGCUGCACGAAGCUGCGGCGACAGGAAACCUCAAAGUGAUCCAAGCCCUCCUCUCGACCCAGCUCAACAUUUUUGCCAAAACCACGGCGGGCGAGACACCCUUGAUGACCGCGACGCGAAAGCAACGCCCCAACAUCAUCCUCCAAGCCUUCAGAGACAUCGAGGCCGCUGAAAACAAACGUUUUUUGGACGCCGUUCGCAGUGGUGAAAAGGCCCACGUCGAUUCCCUUCUCAAAAAAGGCGUCAACGUCGACACCAAAGACGCGACGGGCUUCUCGGCGCUGCAUGUGGCUGCGUCGUUGGAUCAGUUGACAGUUGCGUUGCUACUUGUGGCUGCUGGUACCACCCUCGACGCAGCGGAUGCGGACGGUCCGACUGCGCUGCACACUGCUGCGUCUGCAAACUGCGUCCGCGUCGCCGAGCUACUCGUGGUGGCAGGAGCCAAGUUGGAUGCCACGGAUCUUGAUCGACGCCAGCCGCUGCACGUCGCUGCUAUGCAAGGACACGCUGCCGUCGCGCAGUGCCUAUUGGAGCGCGGCGCAGAUAUCAACGCACUCGAUGGGGCCGGGAUGACGCCGCUGCAUCACGCAGCCAUGAAGGGCUCUGGCGCGGUCGUCAAAUUGCUCUUGAAGGCCAACGCGUCGGUCUCUGCCCAAAACAAAAAAGGGGAGACAAGUCUGCACGUGGCCGUCACCAAGAACCACGUUGCGUUUGUUCAGCUGCUGCUCGCGCAGGAUGCGACCCUGCCGCAACACGGCGACAAGUUUGGUAACGUGCCUCUGCACCUCGCGGCGGCGUGUGGUCAAGUGACGAUCGUCGACGCGUUGCUCAAGAAUGUCGACAAGAGUGGCAUCGACGCCAUCAACCACGAAGGCGACUCGCCCCUUGUCAUCGCCGUCAAGAAAGGCCACGUUGACGUUGUGUCGCGCUUGCUACAAGCCAAAGCAUCGCUGCGCUGCACGACGAGCACGGGGUGGACGCUGCUGCACGAGGCGGCAGCGAGCGGCAAUCUCAAGGUAAUUCAAGCGCUCGUCGAGACGCCGCUCAACAUCGUUGCGAAAACCACGGCGAGCGAGACGCCACUCAAGAUCGCGAUCGACAAGCAGCACGCAGACGACGUCCUCCAAGCUUUGAGAGACGCGGAGGCCGCUGCGAAUCGGCGCUUCUUGGACGCGGUGUCGAGUGGUGACGUCGAGCUCGUCGACGCGUGUCUCAACAAGGGCGUCGACAUCAACACGACAGACGAGAAGGGCCGCACGGCGCUGCACGUGGCCGUGACCAAGAACCACGCAGAUGUCGUCGAGCAACUCGUGCGUGGAGGUGCUACGCUCGUUGUUUGCGACGCGGCCGGCACUUCGCCUCUCUUCCUCGCGGCGCAGCAAGACAAGGCGGCGAUGGCCGAUGUGCUCUUGACGUCGUUUGAGGCAAUGGCGACUUGUAUCCGCUUGAGCUACGCCGAGGCCGUCGACAAGGGCCACAAGGCGGUCACUGAUGUGUUGUUUCCGCACCUGCAGCAACGCGUCGCGGAUUCGGAUCCGGAUCCGGAGGCGGACCGCGCGGCCAAAGAGGCCAGCCGAGACGCUCUCCUUUCCAUCUUCCGUGUCGCCUUGGACAAGGCCGAUAUGGAGGCGACCUUGGUAAAAGCCGUGGUGGUCGGCCACGUCGACGCCGUGCAGUGCCUCUUGGCGAUGGGCGCCGACCCGACGACGAUGCGACCGGAGCAAGACGGGUGGACGCUUCUGGCAUUGGCGAUCCGGCAAGCCAACGACGCUGUCGCUCAAGUGCUCUAUCCUUAUCUGUACCCAGGUCCAACGGCGGCUACGGCCGACGCGCUCGUCAUCGAGGGGGAAAUCUUUGGUGGCCCCGCCGUCACCGUCAAUAAGGCCACGUACGGCGGCAAGGCCGUGGUCACAAAAGGUCCCAGUUUCCCCAUCCCGCGCGAGAUCAAGAAUUUUAUGAAAGAAAUCGACACGAUGCGCACGUGCACGUCGCCAUACCUCCAGCCGCUGCUCGCAGUCCUCGACAAUGGCUCCGAGAAGCCGCACUUCGUCCCGCCCGAGACGUUUCUGUACAGCCCGACGAUGAUCAUGGAGUACAUGGAGCUCGGGGACUUGCACAAGUACCUUCAGAAAAAACGGUACACUCACGUCGAGAUGGAGCUCUCGACGAGCGAGGUUGCGCUUGUCGUGGCGUUGGCGCUGGCCGACCUCCACCGUCGCAAGGUGAUUCACCGCGACGUCAAGAGCCUCAACAUCUUUCUCUCAAAGACGCACUACGUCCGGCUCGGUGACCUUGGCUCGGCGCGCGCCCAUGACCCAGCUCAAGUGAUGUCAUCGAACGCUGGCACACUAAUCUGGACGGCGCCCGAGGUGCUCCGGGACCCGGAUCAUGCAGGCGAAGGACGCAUGUACACGACGGCCGCCGACAUUUACUCGUUUGGCGUCGUCUUGACCGAGCUCGACACCGGCGAACUGCCGUUUCACGAUAUUGUCGGUUCCGAGCGCGGUUCGAUCCUCACCAAGGUCCUCGCGGGAGAGUUGCACCCGACGAUGAGUGCGACGUGCCCUCUCUGGCUCCAGACGCUUGCCAACCAGUGCAUGGCGUUCGAUCCAACAAACCGUCCGACCGCCGAUGCCAUUGUUCAAGAGCUCUUGCUCCACCGCCACGAUGACGCGCCGGCCAGCACCGAUGACGUUUUGGCUCCCAGCCCUAAUACGAGCGCGGCUCCGUAAGUGUUAAUCUCUGCGUCGA